GAGCACGACUUCCAAGUGAUUCGUUUCAGUUCAUACAGAACUGCAUCGAAGUUACGGUUCAUUCAACACAAGACCAACUUCCAUUAUAUAGACCUCUGGAACGCCAUUGAAUCCAUUCGUGACAAUGGUUUGCAUAGCUUUCAAGACAUGUCGGCAGAGAUAUCAGUACAAAGAAUGGAAGCGUUGAUCGCAUCCGUCUAUUAUUCGCUCUCUAAACGUCUUCCGCAGUCAUUAACUUUCAAUUUAGACCAAUCUAUUGAACUCAUGUUCAGUUGGCUUUUGAUGGCUUACGACCCCUCCGGUGUCGGCAAAGUCAACGUAUUUGCUCUCAAGAUUGGGUUUGCGAUCAUGUGUUCGGGAAAACUGAUCGACAAAUUGCGGUAUAUUUUCUCUCUUAUAUCAGAUCCCACUCGCGGUCUACUCAUUGAAAGUCAUUUCAAUGCGUUUCUUCGCGAAGCGAUGGCACUGACGGCCAGUGUUUCUGAAACGACAACUUUUCAAUACGACGAAAGCCUUUCGGCGUCGAUCUUCGACUUCACUCAAGCAAUAGAUUUGCAUUCAUUUAUGUCUGUCUUUAUUACGACAAACAGUCCUCCGCUUUGUAUCUCAUGGGUUGUGAUUCUGCACCGGAUGUCAGAAGUAGAGCACGUCGUGCAUCCCAUUAGUUGUAAUGCCUGUAAUCGCCAGCCUUUCAAUGGGUUUCGAUAUAAGUGCCAAAAGUGUUUUAACUACAACCUCUGUCAGGACUGCUUCUGGAGGGGCCGACAGUCGGGUGCGCACAACGCCGACACUCACGCCUGUAAAGAGUACGGCUAUUGGAAGUCACCGACCAAACAGAUCGGACACUCUCUAAGGAAGAGCUUUCGUUGUAUUCCUUCGACUCGAACUCAACUCCAAUAUAUCGACGAACCGCCGAAAGACAAGCGCUUCAAUCUGAGUCAUAUCGUUCCUCCCUCUCCCGUCCCAUCCAUACACCACAUGAAUGGCACUGAUUUGCGCUCCACUUCCUGUGACUUGGAGUCACUCUAUGGCAGCUCUAAGUAUCGAUCGCCUCCUUCUGUCUACACGACUGCAACCAUUGAUUCAAAGAAUGCCGACGAAGAGCACCGACUUAUCGCCAGAUACGCGGCCUCUUUAGCCAACUUUAAUAAAAGUUCUUCGUUGCCAACCAAUGGCUCGGAUCUCGUGAAUGAUAUUUCGCAACAGCAGAGAGUUAUCUCACAAUUAGAAGACAAGAAUCGAGAGAUUAUGAAAGAGAUUGAAAGACUAAGAAUCGAGAAACAAGAGAAUGACGCGAACGACUCGCGAAUCAAAGCGAGUGGUUAUUACGCGAAUGUGAGCCAAACACAAAUGGAUCCCAUUUUAGUGACAGAAUUGUUUACUUUGAGAGAACGCAAAGAAGAACUUGAAUCUCAUUUAAGUGCACUACAGGACAGUCGGCGACAACUGAUGGUUCAAUUGGAAGGACUGAUGAAGUUAUUGAAAAAUCACGGAAACCUAUUGGCCAUUCCUAACAGCGCUCCGGUUUCGGCCGCUUCUACACUGAAUCGUAAAAUUGGGGGCAAUUCCUCCUCCGAGUCAAUACAGAGUGACAUAAGUAGCGUCACUGUAUCGACAGUGAAUCGAGACCUGUUGGUCGCCGCAGACUCUGUCACUAAUGCAAUGUCUUCUCUCGUCAAAGAACUCAACUCUGGAGAUGAAGACGAAGACUUGGCCAAUGAGUUCAACAAAGUUAUAGUCAAUGAUAUCAACACUAAUAGAGAGCUUGAAAUCACAGACAAAGACAUCGAACUCGAAGAACAAAAAUUGAAAUCCAAAGCAUUGGCCGCUUCGGUGGCUUUCUCUUAAGUUAUAUUGUUUUGUUGUUAUUAUUAUUUUUCGUUAAAUGGACUUAAAAGUAUUUUCUCUCAAAAAUAAUAUAAGUAUUAAAUCAAUGAAAGAAAAUUCAAAGAGUGGCUCAUAUUGUAGUACUACUGAUGAUGAGAGCUAUAUUCGCACCGACGAAGACCUCGACGACGAUCUUCAAUGGAGUAUAUCAUCGAAACAGCGAAACUUUAUUUACCGUUAAAUGUAUUUUAUUACAAAUAUUUAUAAAUUUAAAUGCUAUACAAAUAAAAUCAUUUUUAUUAUUUAA